GGCCCUCUAUGACCUCAGCUUCCGUCGUAUCUACUUACCAGGUAGCUAGACCGGCCCAGACGAACCAAGACCACGGCACGUUGAGAUGGCGGAACCAGAAAGUAGCAGCAAACCCAUACCAACCCCCCGCGGUAGCAACAACAACGGCAACAACAAGUGGGAGGGCGCAUCCACCGACAGCGAAGCGAUCCUGACGCCAGACAUGAGCGGAACGCCGCCUGACGACAACUCGCUGCACGAACAUGCCGUUGAGACACCGACCCUGGGUCCGACGGUUCCCAAGAGCCCCGGGCUCUCGCGCAACCCGUCCUUCUCGGGCAGCAGUUCCUACCAAGAAGACUGGGACCCGUUUCCGCCGCUGGACCGACUGACCGUGCUCGACAUCCUCGACAAUUUCGCGUUGUCGCAGCAGAUCGAGAAGCUCCAGAAGGGCAUCUCGGCACAGACGGAGAAGGUGCGCAAGUCGCGCGAGGCCCUCGGCAAUAGGAGUCGCAUGGCCCGCGAGCGCAUGGUGGACGAAUGGCGGCGUCGGGUGCCCUCGGCCGAGGAGCAGCUCGACCGGUACCGCAGGCGCAUGCGCAACAGCGUGGAAAAGCUGGGGGCGCGGUGGAACGACACCAAGGCCAUCACACUGCGCGAGAAGAUCUCGUUCAUUUGCGGCGUCAUGAACAUCUUCGUGAGCGGCUACCUGAUCGGCGGCUACCCCGAGUGGUUCCACCUGUGGUACACCGUCCAAGUGCUCUACUUCAUGCCCAUCCGCUUCUACACGUACCACAAGCGCGGCUAUCACUACUUCCUCGCCGACCUGUGUUACUUUGUCAACGCGCUCCUCAUGCUCAGCAUCUGGGCCUUCCCCACCUCCAAACGUCUCUUCACUGCCGUGUACUGCCUCGCAUACGGCAACAACGCCGUCGCCAUCAUCAUGUGGCGCAACUCGCUCGUCUUCCACUCCUUCGACAAGGUCACCUCGCUCUUUAUCCACAUCAUGCCCUGCGCAACCCUGCACUGCAUCGUCCACCUCCUCGAUCCGGCCGAGCAACGCGCGCGCUUCCCCGCCAUCUGGACCAUCAAGAACUCCCCGCCGGGCUCUGCCACCGCCUACGCCAACCUCUUCUCCAUGCUCGCCUGGUCCUCCAUCCCCUAUGCUGUCUGGCAGCUCAGCUACUACUUCUUCAUCACGGUGCGGCGGCGCGAGAAGAUCGCCGCUGGCCGCCCCACCUCCUUCACCUGGCUGCGCAAGUCCUACAGCAAGGUCUGGAUCGGCAAGAUCGUGCUCGCCCUCCCCGAUGCCCUGCAGGAGCCGGCCUUCAUGCUGAUCCAGUACACCUACGCCGUCCUGACCAUGCUGCCCUGCCCGCUUUGGUUCUUCAGCCGCUGGGCGUCGGGCACCUUCCUCAUGGUCGUCUUCGCCUGGUCCGUCUACAACGGCAGCACUUACUACAUUGACGUGUUCGGCAAGCGCUUCCAGAAGGAGCUCGAGGCCAUGAAGGCCGAGGUCGCCAAGUGGCAGCAGAGUCCGGAUUACAUGAUGGGCGGGCUGGCGAGUCCCACGCUUGGCCCGCACGAGGAGCUUGGUACACCUGGAUUAGGCGGCAUUGCGUCUGCUGCUGGUGGCGGUAAGGGCGACGGUUGGGAGAAGAAGAACAACAAUAUUGGGGAUGGCAUCUCGGGCAAGGCACUGGAUGAUAAUGCGGGCGGUGUGAGCGGCGUGGAUAAUAUUCCGCUGCUGAACGACGAGCGGCCGGCUGCGGUCAUUGCGACGGGUAUGGAUAUGGAUGGUGGGGCGAUGGAUGUGGCGCGGGAGAGGAGAGCUAAUGCCGGGCCUGGCGGCUCUUCAUGAUUUGGGGAUUUUCAACUUUGAUUUGUUCUCAGUGUUCUAAUGAGGAGCAGGCGAUUUCAACUUGGCCGGCGCUGGAUAAUAGAGGUCACCGAGAUCGAGCCGUCGUCCAUAUUAAUGACUCAGAAUGCUCUGGCGGAUAGAGACCUCGAAGAAUUCGAGGUAGGGGAGCUUGGGCGGAGGAUCGGAUUGGAUUCAUUCUUUUAUGAUGAUACCCCUGCCAUAGCACAGCUCAAAUCGGUUUCAUUGUUUGUCCUUUCCCCCCUGUUUCGGUGUAGUUCCUGGGUCCGUUCUCAGUACCCGUUUUCAUACCAAGGAGCGCAGGUAACGGUAGAAGGCAUAUAGGGGAAUAGUUUAGUAUAUGUGUCAAGUCCCAUAGGGGGGCAUUUCUCGGAUUAGAGAGGUCAAUGUCGAAAUACCAAACAAGAGAACCAGGCACGAAUG